GCAGAAGACCAAAUCGAAGUCGAAAAAGGGUGCGAAGGGGAAAGACAAACAGAAAGCGACAGGUGGAAGCAGUAGCACAGUGUAUCAACUUGGAGUGUCGGAUUUUGUACCGAUGGCAGAAGCGAUCGCAAAAGCUGGAGAACAAGCAGAGUCUGAGAUCAUGGUCCCCGUUGCUUUAUGCCGGCACUUCAGUCGCGCCAUUCAGACACGUCGAAAAGUAUCUCAGUGGUACAAGGCGAGAGUCCAUGGAGACACGAAAAGUGAUCUGCGGCACGAAUACUUUAUCAAGGUUCUUGAAGACACCUUCGCAUCUCUCAAACCAUUUCUCGGAACGGGCGGACCAGAACCUGCAUGAAACAACGUUUCCGAUACUACUACGUCGGGCUUGUCGUCUCGCAAUCGCUUUGCGGGAUUGACCGUCGACGAGCUUGCAGCGGUAGCCGAUGAGGAAGACAUCGCUGAAGACACACUUUCCGAAUUCUCCGGCGUCAAGUUUUGAGGAAGUCGAGGAGGACAAAGAAGACGACUUCUGGGUUGCUGUUGCGCUCAUGCUACAAGAGCAACAAGACAUGAGAGAGGUGGUACGUGAGAACUGGCAGAAAUAUAGGAGCGGUGAAGUCGACUUGGUUGUGGCGGCCAUGACCACGGAUACUGCUAUCAAACUUGCUCAGGGUGCGGAAGCGAAGUUUGACCUGUUAGUAACGCGGCCAAAGAAAUAUUCACAGGCUGAAUAUCCGGUUUGGACUCUCCCCGCUGUUCUCUUCUACAACAACCACGAAGAUAUGCACCAAUGGCCCCUCGAGGAGAUUGCGAAGCCUUCUGCCAAGCUUGGAGUUACAGCCGAUGCCCAGAGUGAAGCGUACUUUGACUUUUGGCCAGUGUUCGCUGGUUUGAAAUUUUAUCUCCACAAGCACAUUACUAAGACGAACUCAAUUCCACAAGUGGUUCCGAAGGACUUCGGUGAUGCCAACAUCCACAGUCGAACGUUGAGAGCGAUCGAACUCGCGCAAGUUAUGCGGAUCAUUGCAAAAGCGGUUAAACGCCCGCCACUCCUAGACAUGGUCUCUAGAGGUCUUUUGGACAUGCUUAGCGAGCACACGAUCCCAAUGUGGCUUACAUAUGGCGUCCAGCUCCAUUUUGAUUCGCAAGAUAUCUUGGGCGAAAGAACUCACCGACCACAUUUUGAACUUCAGGUCUACCUGAACCACUUGAGCGGAUCGCAGCGGGAAACUAUAGAGGACUGGGAAGAUCCAAUGAUGCCGAAAGAAGCCCAGUAUGAAUGUUACAAUCCUUUCAAAGAGGCAUACAAUGAGAUGAGUCCAUGGGCGAACUAUGACGGAUUUGAUGAACAAUGGGAAAGGCUCAAGAAAGAUCCAAACGUCGGUGGGCAUCCAAUCUUCAGGAAAUUGAAGAGCGAGCCUUUCUACCUGUAUAGACACAAUCCUCUGCUUUGCGGUAUGAUGAAGUACCACUUUCUCGUCCACUGGCACGCGGCUGGCAUAUCACAUGAAGCAACCUCAUGUUCUAUCCUUUUCAUGGCCCAUGUCUACAUGGGCACACAGCUGAGAAGCCCUUCCGAUCCAGUGUGGCCCGACAUGGAGUUCAUGCUCUUCAGCCAAGAUCCUUGAUACCUGUUACUCAAAAGGCCGCCUGAGUCGCCUGAGGAAGCAUGGACACUCUUCGAUAUAGCUACUGGCCAGCCCACUCUCAAGCAAGUGGGGUCAUAUGCUCUCGAUCGUUUGAACUUCAGCGAUGAGUUUCUAGGCAAGCCUAGAUAUGAUCCGAAUAACAAGACACGAUU